CGUCAGCUGCGCGGGCAUCUGUCGCCAUCUUUGAAAUCUGGGGUUUUGCUGCCGUUCCACCGAGCGCUCCAACGGUUCGGUUCUGCGUUAGGUAGCGGCACGACAUACGGUUCGUCCGAGCAUGGCGGCCCGGAACGCACAGCCAACGACCACGCAGAGCAGCAGCUCCCCGCAGCCGGUGAAGCCCAGGACGGACUGCGGGGCCGCGGAGCAGGCACCGGCGGACAAAGACAGCCCAGUGCCGCCGCAGCAGCAGCAGUCCCCCGCCGCCGAGCCGGCGGACGGGGCCGCGGAGGAGAGCGCGGAAGGCCCGAUGGAGAUGACUUUAAACAUGAUGAGCUUCCGCAAGCCCGGGGAGAAGACGUUCACGCAGCGCUGCCGGCUGUUCGUGGGGAACCUCCCGGCGGACAUCUCGGAGGAGGAGUUCAAAAACAUGUUCGCCAAGUACGGGAAGUGUAGCGAGGUGUUCGUCAACAGAGACCGGGGCUUCGGCUUCAUACGACUGGAAACCCGGACCCUGGCAGAGAUCGCUAAAGCCGAACUAGAUGGGACUAUGGUGAACAAUCGACCAAUCAGGAUCCGCUUUGCUACACACGGUGCUGCGCUCACUAUUCGAAACCUGCUGCCUGCAGUAACAAAUGAACUGCUAGAACAGGCCUUUUCUCAGUUUGGACCAGUGGAACGGUCUAUUGUUGUGACAGAUGACCGCGGUCGCCCUACUGGGAGAGGCAUUGUAGAGUUUGCAAACAAAGCGUCUGCACGUAAAGCCCUGGAGCGUUGUACUGAAGGAGCCCUGCUGCUGACCACCACACCUUGUCCAGCAAUUGUGGACCCUUCAGAGCACUUUGAUAAUGAAGAUGGUCUGCCUGAAAAAUUGCUGCAGAAGACACCAAAGUACUACAGGGAGCGAGAGCAGCCAACUCGUUUUGCUCAGCCGGGAACGUUUGAGUUUGAAUAUGCAUCUCGCUGGAAAGCUCUUGACGAGAUGGAAAAGCAGCAGAGAGAACAGGUGGACAGGAACAUUAAAGAGGCCAAAGAAAAACUGGAGGCUGAGUUGGAGUCAGCCAAACAUGAGCAUCAGCUCAUGUUAAUGAGACAAGACCUAAUGAGACGUCAGGAGGAACUGAGGAGACUGGAGGAGCUUCGUAACCAGGAGCUGCAGAGACGAAAGCAGAUAGAAAUGAGGCACGAGGAGGAGAGAAGAAGGAGAGAGGAGGAGAUGAUAAGACACAGAGAGCAGGAGCACAUGAGGCGCCAACCAGACGGAUUCAAACCAAACUACGUGGACAAUAGAGAACAGGAAAUGAGAGUGGGUGAACUGGGCCCUCGUGGAGCCAAUAAUAUGGGAGAUGGCUAUAACCAGGCCUCUGCAGGGCCCGGUGGUAACCAGGGUCAAAUGAUGGGCAUGAGUGGAAGGGGAGGAGCCAUUGGCCCAGAGGGAACUGCAAAUAUGGGCACGCCCUUGAUGUCAGAGAAUGGAGCCAUGCGAAGCGAUAGAUACCCGCAGGGUGCAUCAGUGGGGGGCAGACCAGAAACUGAGUCACCAAAGCAGCAGCAACAGCAGCAACAACAACAGCAACAGCAACAACAACAGCAACAGCAACAACAACAGCAACAGCAACAGGAACAACAGCCGCUGGGGCCCCAAGUUGGAGCAGCUCCAGGAUUUGGCAGGGGGAGCCCAGUAGGGGGAGUCUUUGAUGGGCCAAAUAACAAGCGUCGCAGAUACUAAUGUGAUUUUUAAGAAUCUCUGUUACUCCCUCAAGUUUCUCUGUUUUUACACGGACGUGCACGUUGACCCACUAUCCUGACUCUGAUUUGGAUGUGUUUCCUGGAAAUGAACUGGCACUUUUGUUCUCAGUUUAGUUAUUAUUUCUUGUACCGUAAGUUGUUAUUAAAAGGCUCUACAGGCAUCUGCAUAGCUAAUAGGAGGGGGGUCCUUUGCUAAUGUUGCUAAUGUCUUUCAUAGCUUUGGCUGUUGGCGUUCUGAACAUCCUGCAUUUACCUUUGCUACAGGAAUGAAUCAGACUUUAUCCCAGUUAGAGCCAAAACAAUAUUUCUUACCUCACGACAAGGCUGUGAUUUCCUAAAAGAUGCUAGUCAUUGUAUGUUAUGUUUUCUUUCCAUAUUUUACAACAAAAGUACAGAAAACACUGGGCAUAAAUGUGUAUAAAUAGGUACAUAGCUGUUUUUCUUUUUGAUUUUUUGAAAAUUCAGAGGCUUCCUGUGAAUUAAAUUGUUAAUGGCCACUUUGUUAAUGGUUUUAUAAAAUGCCUUAGUUUGUAGAAUUUCUUCCUGGCUGCAGUUGAUUGUGGUUCCCUAUUGAAACAUAAGUGGAUGUUUCUUCAGGAUCAGUGCAUUCUGUAUUCAAUGGUCAAUAGAAAUAAAUCAUUUGUAGGAA